AUGAAACAUCAUAUACGCCUAUAUAACCCUGCCAUGAGAUGGCUUGGCAGCAUGAAAAGAGCAAUUGUAAGCGUGGUUCUGGGGUUUGUUGUGUGCAUGUUUGUUUUGUGGCCAAUAUUUCUCAGCUUCAGAAAUGGGGCAAAUAAGUCUCUACGAAUAAAGAAAGGCCGGCCUCUUGCCGGAUGUAUACCAGUGAAAGACGGAAAGCUUUUCAUGAUAAACGGAAGGGCCAAGAAGAAGUUUAUCUUCCCGAAGGGCGGCAUAGAAAAGGGCGAGGUUGGGUAUUACACCGCAGGAAAAGAAGCAAUUGAAGAGGCCGGGCUCAUUGGAAGGAUAGACAAAAAGCCUGCGUUUGUGCAGGACGGCGUGACAUGGUAUGUUUUGGAGGUGCAAAAAGUUUUGUCGGACUGGAAGGAAAAGCACGAGAGAAUCCGGGUUAUGAUAGACCCACAGAGCGCGCUUGUGAACUCGGAGGUUCGGGCCAUCACAAAAAAUGUAAUAAAGGCCUUCCUAAAUGCAGAGAGCACCCGGAAAACCCCGCGCGUAAAAAUCGCAAGCCUGGCAGCCUCUGACGAAGCCUCAGCGCAACACGAAGCCCUCCCACUGGGCGAAGAAGCAAGCUAA